UUGUCAAACAUUGUCACGCGAGCCUCAGUGACUCCCUUGCCGCCAAAAUCUCGCGCUCUAGUAACGUUACCUCAGCACUUACUGUUGUAUAACCUCAAACUGAGAUCAGUGACUGUGUCGGUUCGACCAGUUUUACCCUCGUAAUUUCAUUUUCAGAAUGAGUGGGACACAGUCUUUGGUUUUUCUCAGUCUUCCGGAGCUGAGGAAUCUGUGUUGUGUGAAUCUGUUCUUCCCGAACAGUUGCGAUGAAACGGACUCGAGGAAUAAACAAGUGAAAACCUGCAGGGAGCUUGUUCUCUUGCAUUCAGACGUCGUUGCUUCUCCCGUGUUGGGCAAUUUUGGGGGCAUUACUGUUAUAAUGACUAUUGCAUUUUACAAGAGCGGUAUCAUCCAGGCUUUUGCACACAAACAUGGUCUACAGCUCAACCCUCCUCAAAGGGUGUUUCCUGCCAUUCUGCAGACGUGUUUGUCUUAUUCUGUGACUGCUAGACUGGCCCCUAAAUGGAACAAAGCAGGACAAUAUCUAAUAGCAGGAAAAGAUUUCCUCAGUGACUCUGGAAAACGCAAUGCGGUUGUGCUUGAGCUGAGUCUCACUGAGACUCAACUGUGUGUCAGUGUGGAAGCCAACACAGUCAGACUUCCUCCAGCUGUGAUAAAGGAUUUUGAUAUUCCUGCUCCUGUGGUGAAGAACUUCUUUCACAAUAAUGAUGCUGUGCUGGAUAUAGUCAUGCCAAAUAACUGGUGCCACGUUCUGCCAAGUAUGAAGAAAGGCCAAAUCAUUAGCAUCAGUCGCAGGAUUCCACAGCAAAGCCCAUUCCAAUCUUACAUGGAGUUUCAAAAGCAAUGGAACAACAUGUAUGGAUAUCAGCUGCCCUCAGUAAGCGAAGAGGAAGUCGUCUACUGCAGUGUGUACUUCAAACCAAUAGGUGACAAGCUGUUCACAUAUCCAUUGUGCUGCAUCCGCACUCAGCCGGUACAGUGCUUUCCCAGAGUGGACCUGCAGGGGGUGCUGGGAACCUUCUUAUCAGAUCUGCAGGCCGGACUGGAGCGUGUGUGCGGUUUUUCAGUGCAGAUGACCUGCAAGCCUUGCUACUACAGCUAUGAACUGAACAGACCAGACACUCAGCGCUUUGGUUCUCUGCCUUCAAACGUGACAACAGAAAACAGCAGCAGAGCUGUACUGAACCAGCUUCCCAGCAGCUGCCCACGGGACGCAGGGCAGCACCACUACAGUCAGUGUGACUCAACUGGAAAACAGACUGAAAAGAAAAAGAGAUCCAGUUUGGAUUCGUCUGUUGACCAGAAAGACUGGACGUCCUCCAACUUGGCAACUCAGUCCUCCUCGUCUCACACUAAUGUUCACUUUACUCACAUCCAGUCACGAUCUGCACUUCCAAGACCAAAGCUCGUGCCAAUCUUUAAAAACAAAUCCCACACCCGCCAUGUGAACGUGACUGAGAUGCUUGCAGUGAAACAGCAGCAGGGGCCGGAAGCGCAGAAGCGAACAGCAGUUAUAAGGCCUCUGUCAUCUACUUGUCUGUCAUCAUCUUCCAGACCCCACUGCUUCACACCACCAGCCUCUUCUAACCAGUUCUCCAGGCCUCCAGCCCUGGAGCGGAUAACUUUACCUUUUUCUAAAAGUAAAGAAAAGACCAACAGCGGAGUCAAUGUGAUUAUCCCUACUCUGCCUUUAGUACUGAUGCAGCCCCACAUCAUGCCUGAGAUCCCCAGCAAUAGAGGAGGAGACACGUUUGAGUCAAAACCAAAGAGGCUCAAGAGUGUGCAGGACGUGGAAGUAUAUGCAACGAGCAAUCAGCUCUCUAAGGUCAGCUCGGCGACUCUGCAGACAUGGUUAAAGAGUCGAGGGAUCAAUGUGCGCUCAAAGGAAAAGAAAGAGGAGCUGGUGUCAAAGGUCAUGAAAUGUCUGAGUGAAACUUAGGAGUGUUGGGUUUGGUUACUCACUUAAAAAACACACACUAUAGAGACUUUGCAUACUGAGUUUUUGUUUGUUCCAUUGACAAACUCUGUUGACAGUUCAAUGCGUUUCCCACAAGUUACACCAUAUUCAUUGCACAUGACAUUUGGUUUCAGACUUUUUAUUUUUUCAAGCAAGACCUUUUAAGCUAAAAUCUGUUGUUUAAUUGGAUCCAGAGUUUGGAAAGAGCUACAGAUAAAGCAAAAAAAAACA